GCAUCUCUUUUUUUCUACAACCGGCAUGUAAAUACUACUUAGCUGCGCUUUGCAUAGAUACAAUUAUCUUAGGUUUGAUGUUAGGAAUAGCUCUUUUAAAUAUAUCCGACCGUUACAGAACAUUAUAGCUAGGUGUAAACCAGUUAGUGAAGAGUGCUACUGUCAUGAUAGCGUGAUUGAGUCUGUUUGGGUGAGAGAUGCUGUCCCCCUGCCUUCCACAGCUGCGACUCAUCUCCUGCUCCAUUCUUCUUAUUUUGCUUUUUCAAGCCGGCGACACCAAGAGAGAUUUAAAAAGCGCCUGCAGCACCUGCCAGCAAAUUACUGAGAACUUCAACAAGGGCUAUGAUAGAACAGCAAAGCAGAACUUUGGAGGAGGCAACACAGCAUGGGAGGAGAGAAAACUGUCCAAGUAUGAGACAAGUGAGAUUCGCCUGAUGGAGAUCUUGGAGGAUCUGUGUGACAGCAGCAGCUUUGAGUGCAACCGUAUGGUGGAGGAACACGAGGAGCAGUUUGAGACCUGGUGGUUUAAAAAGAAAACCAAACAUCCAGAUCUGCAUAAAUGGUUUUGCAUAGACACCAUCAAGGUCUGUUGUCCAAAGGGAACAUUUGGACCUGAUUGCAAUGCUUGUCUAGGGGGCUCGGAGAGGCCGUGUCAUGGAAACGGGGUGUGUGACGGCGACGGGACCCGCGGAGGCAACGGGAAGUGCAGCUGCGACCACGCCUAUAAGGGGGAGUUCUGCUUAGACUGCGUCGAUGGGUAUUUCAACCAAGUCAGAAACGAUACCUUCUCUUUGUGUACAGGUAAACUUUUGGCAAACUUGUAUAGGAAGCGACACGGUUCAGUGAAUUGGUCAAUGAUUCAGGGUUUACAUCCUGCCACAGAGUGCGACACGUCGUGCAAGACCUGCACCGGCGCAACCAAUCAGGACUGUGACGAGUGCAAGGAGGGCUGGGAGAAGGAUGACCAAGAAGCUUGUGUCGAUGUGAACGAGUGUGCCAAAGAGCCUUCACCGUGCAAAGAGGAUCAAUACUGCCUUAAUGCUGAAGGUUCCUACUCCUGCAAUGGUUGUGACGAGGCGUGCACCGGCUGCACUGGAGGUGGUCCUGAUGAGUGCCAGGCUUGUGCUGAAGGAUACAAGGAUGUAGAAGGAACCUGCACUGAUAUUGAUGAAUGUUCACAGUCGGAGCCUGCAUGUGUGAAGGAGAACCAGGAGUGUGUCAACAAUAAAGGCAGCUUCAUCUGCAUCUGCUCCAGUGGCUAUGAGGAGGAAGAUGGCGAGUGUGUCCAACAGAGUGAUGAAAAGGAGGAGUCUGAAGCAUCGGAGACGACUCCAGGGCCACAUGGGGAGCUCUGAUGUUGAAACUUGGACCCGUAUAUGAACGAACUGAACCUCAUGCCUUUUUUUCUUUUUUUUUUUUUAACUUGACCGCAAUCAAUAUACCACAUGUUUUCAAAACCCACCAGUGUUUUCCAGCAGUGGAAUUGGACAGAAACAGGACAUUUUAUGCCACUGUUCAUUUGUUUUAAUAAAGUUGUUUCAAUAAACGUGAAUAAUGUU